CUCUCCCUGCGCCCCCAGCCCAGCGCGCCCCAGGCAGCGAGAGGCCAGGCCGGGGGACACGCGGUGCGGGGUGGGGGCCGGGCCUGCUCCGCGGCGGAGCCAGCCCCUUGCAGGGAGCGGGGCCGGGCCGGGCCGAGGGCGGGGCCGGGCGGGCGGCCGGCGCAGGAAGGACCGUUAGGCGCCAGAUGUUUGGCAGCCGAGCGCAGAGGAAGUGGCUGCCGGAGCGCAGGGACGGGGAGCGGCCCGAGGCCCCAGCGCUGCCGCCAUGCCCCCGCCCGCGCCCCCCAGCGCGCCGCCGCCCGGGCCGCCCGCCCGCGGGCCGCUGAGCCUGCACCGGCCCUUCCUGCGCAGCCCGCUGGCCCCGCUGCGCCUGGGGCAGCUGCUCCUGGGCGCCGCCUGCUGGGGGACGGUGGCGGCCCACAAGUACGAGGGGGCGGCGCACUUCGCGCUCUUCGCCGCCGUGCUGGCCUGGCUGCUGGCGCUGGCGCUCGCCGGCCUCAGCCUGCUGGGGCGCUGGGCGCUGGUGCCGCUGCUGGGCGCCCGCUGGCUGCUCGCCAACGCGGCGCACGACCUGCUGCUGGGCGUCGGGCUCUACGCGGCGGCCGCGGGCGUCAUGGGCCACAAGGCGGAGCGGCACAGCUACUGCAACCUCCGCGGCUACAGCCAGCCCUGCCUCUACCGCGCCUACCUGGCCGCCGCCGUCUGCGCCGCCCUGGCCGCCGCCCUCCACCUGCUCUCGGGCCUCUACUGCCUGGCGCGCCGCUGCCGGGGCCACCGCGACAUCGUCUGAGCGCCGGGCAGGGCCCCCGGCCGGCCGCGGUCCCCGGCGGACAGAGCCCCCCCGCAGACAGACCGACAGACAGACAGCGCCCUGCGCCCCCGGACAGACCGACAGACAGCGCCCUGCGCCCCCGGACAGACCGACAGACAGAGCCCUCUGCCCCCACCAAGGACCAAGCGCCCCCGGACAGACCGACAGACAGCGCCCUGCGCCCCCGGACAGACCGACAGACAGAGCCCUCUGCCCCCGCCAGGCACUGAGCGCCCCCGGACAGACAGACCUCCCCCCGCCUGACGGCUCUCCAUAGCCAGUCAAGGACCCGCAGCCCCCAGGGACCCCGCCCCCAGAGGACGGACAGACACAGGCUAUCCUCAGCCAAAGAACCCCAGUCCCGAUCGCCCGAAGGUGGGGGCUGCCGGCCCUCGGGCUCCCCCCUUCCGGCUCUCACAGGUGGGUGCUGGCACUGGGUCUCCGCUUACUUGCUCCCCAGGGGCAGCUGAGCUGUGGGGCUGGGACAGGAGGGAGCAGGCCCCCAUGGCUGUCAUGGGAGGGGAGGGGAGAGUUCUGGGCCAGGGCCAGGGACCGCUCUGGCACCCCUCCUAGCACCCACUGCCCAGCCAGGAUGAGCUUCCCAGCAUCAGCCCCUCCCCAGGCCGGAAACGCCCAGGGAGAAGCCCUGAUCGAUGAGAACCAACUGCCCAGAGACCCCCCUUCUCUGGGGGGGCCCCUCCCAGGGGCUGAGCCCUCACUCUCCCCUGCCCCCACAUGCAGCUCCUGCCCCAUCCGCUCAGGGACAGAACUAUGUCCCCAGCCCCAGAUGCGGCCCCCACCUAGGCGGGGCGGAUGGCAUGUGGCGGGCAGGGGAAUCCAGUGCCAGCCCAGAGCCACCACCCCUUCCCCGGCCAUUCCCAGGGAGUGGGGCCCCAGCAGGGCAAAGCCAUUGCUCGCUGCUGCUGCCCAUUCCCAGCCCUGGGUCAUGGAUGGGGGCAGGAGGGAGCAGGGGCUGAGCCAUGCAAGAUGUUCCAGGCCUGGGUAUGUCAGGGCAGCCUGGGAACCCCCUUCAGCUCAGCCUCCUGCUCACGGGUGUGACUCUCCCUAGUGCCUUUUUCUUUGCAGGGGCCACGCAGCCCCUGACAAGCUGUACACCGGGAUCCCCACACCUGCCAGGGAAAUGCAGCUACCUCUGGGGUGGCGCGCAGCUGUUGUUUAACCGCUGUGCAGCCGGUGAGGACGGGAAGUGAAAGACACUGUGCCCAGUUGAAGUUGCAGGGUGGGACGGAUUUGAGGUUGGUGGAAUUUAGCCCAAUAAGGAAAUUUAAGGGAAGGACAGGCAGGUUUCAUAACCAAGCAGAGACCUCUCCGAGAUGGCUCCACCUUCGGAAGAUCCCCCGCGCAGGGCCCCACCAGCAGGGCAAGCCUGGCCUGUGCUCCGCGGGCUGAUUCCACGAGUGGUGACUCAGGGCCGUGCCCCCGGUCCCAGGCCAGCGGCUGUGCCAAGGCCGCUGGGCAGCGCAGAGGAGCCCCAGUGCCAAGGGGCAGCAAGUGCCUUAGAUUUUUUACAGACUUCCACCGUGGUGCCAUCGAUCCCUGCGCUGUUCUCGCCCCCGGAGCUGGGCGGGCGUGACUUGCCCUGGGCGCUGGACUGGAGGCAGCCCAGCGCUGUGAAGGAGGCCCAGAGCGACACCGCAGAUGCAGCGGCUGGGUGCUGUGCCCUGUUCCAGGAACGCUGCCCCCUCCCCACACGUCAGUACCCAUCUCUCAGGCCCCUGGUUUUCCCAGGCCUGGAGCCCUUGCUUCGCUGCAACCCGGGGAAGUGCCUUUCACCCCAGUGACCUCCAGAGCUCUGUGCGAAGGCAGAGGGAGCCAGAAGGUGGAUCAGCCUGGCCCGUGGCCCCCCACCCGAAAGCCAACAGCUCAGGGAACUUGACCGGCUCCAGCACAUCCUGGGAACCCCCAUCUCUGGCUCCUCUCCUGACCCCUCCUCCAGCCAGGAGGCCCCGGGGAUGGACUGGCUGCGAGGGCUGGAACGGGGCUGGGAAAUUCAUCUUUGGAGAUCGCUCCGAGCCCAGCUCCAGGUGCUUGGCCCCCUGGGAAAGGCCAGCGGCUGCAGGCUCCCCCGGGCCCUGGACACCGGAGAAGCAGUGGCAGGACCCGAGGGCAGAUGGCGCGGUGGAGCCAAGGGAGGGAGUCGAGCCCAGAGUUUGCGGAGGAGCCUGCUGCGUGGCUCCCGUGCACAGGGCCCGGUGCUGGGACCUCCGGAGGCUGCCCUGGCUGGAGGGAGCAGGCGAGGAGCCCAGGAGGGACUGGAGAGCCGCAGCCUCUGCUCAUGGAGACACCAGCAGCCCCAUUCUGCUCUGGGAGAGGACAUGGACUGGGCAGAUGUGUCCCUGCCCUGUACAGCCAGGCUGGCUCCCUGUGUGCAGCGGAUGGGCCCAGGGCUGCCUGGUGCCCGCCUGCCUCGUGCUCAGGCUGUGCCAUGUUGCUCGCGAAUAGCCAAGCCCCAGCGCACCGGAGAGCUGUGAGCCUCCACCUACCACUGUCUCACUGCCCCGGCUUGCCCCGGGCACGCCCUGCACGCUGCCCUGUGCCCCCAUCCCUGCCUUGGGGAGAUCCCACCCAUCAGCACAGGACGUACCACAGGCACCAGCCAGGCACUGUCCUCCCCGGGACCUGCGGAUCUUUCCCACCCUCCUGCCGUCUGCAGCCAGACUGCUCUGCGCAUGGCCCUGGGGCCCACUCUGCAGGGCUGGGGCGGGAGCUGGUCCUGCUGCGUGGCAGGGAGGGGCUCUGUCCCUGGCGGGUUUCCCAGGCCCCUGCCUGUCUGACUCGUGGGCCCAGCUGCACCCAGAUCUGUUGUUUGCUGUGGAUUCACCUUUCUAAAUAAAGGGUUGCUGGUACGA